AUGAAUCAUCAACCACCACCAGUGAGCCGUGUCGGUUGGGACGAUCAAAAGAUUAUGAGAACAAGAAGAGAAUUGGAUUCGGUGAAGGCCAUUAUGAAGGAGAAUGUGCAAAAAAUCAUGGAGAGACAGGGAAAACUUGAUGAUCUUGUUGAAAGAGCUCAGAGGCUCGAGGAGGCAUCGGAUGUGUACGUCAAAUGCGCCGUCAAGAUAAAACGAGAGAUGAGCUGGAAGGCCAAUUCUCUUCGCUACGGGAUCAUUGCUGUGUCAAGUGUCUCCGCAUUUGCAGGACUUGCCUAUUCGUUCCUAUAA